CAAUUCUCCCCUCCGUUAUAACUCCAUCAUUUAAUUUUCUUCAACUGCUACUUCACCCACACACACACACUAAAACACCCACACACCACACGCAGUAUCACUAUCUGAACCAUGUCGGCCGGCGAAAACGACGCUUCGGCCGAUCGUAUUAAUGCCAUCAAGUCCACCCUACGCGUCGUCCCCGACUUCCCCAAACCAGGAAUACUGUUUUUAGACAUCACUACAUUGUUGCUCGAUCCAAAGGCCUUUAAAGACACGAUCGAUUUGUUCGUUGAGCGUUACAAACAGAAAGAUAUUUCUGUAGUUGCAGGUAUCGAAGCUCGGGGUUUUAUGUUUGGUCCUGCAAUCGCACUGGCGAUCGGAGCAAAGUUUGUUCCAUUAAGGAAACCGAAAAAGUUGCCUGGUGAAGUUAUAUCAGAAAAAUACGUAUUGGAAUACGGGACAGAUUGCCUUGAAAUGCAUGUAGGAGCUGUUGAACGGGGAGAGCGCGCUCUUGUGGUUGAUGAUUUGGUUGCUACUGGUGGCACCCUUUGUGCUGCAAUGAACUUGCUAGAACGCGCUGGUGCUGUGGUUGUUGAAUGCGCUUGUGUGGUUGAAGUCCCAGACUUAAAGGGCCGUGAACGAUUAAGAUUGCAUGGGAAGCCGUUGUAUGUACUAAUCGAGUCGCAGUUUGAGGCAACUUCAUGAUUAAAUGGUUCGUUGUGGGUAAAGUGUAGAUUAGAGAGCGCUAUUAUUUGGUGCAUAUCUCAUGAAAAUCAGUUUAGUAAUUUCUUGAAGAUAAAAUUAAUCUCCCACAUCCCUACUUUUCUGUGUUUAGGGGUAGGAAAAUUGAAUUUCACCAGAGAAAAACUGUUCCUUUUUCAUGGGUACAUUCCAUAAUUGCAGCUUCGUUGUAGCUGGUGAACAUUUUGAUUGUCGGUGGUAA